GGUACCCCCCCCCCUCCCCGGCGAGUUCCUGAAGUGCGUGAUCUGAGGCUCGCCGUCUCGCCUCAGAGCCUCCAGUUUCCUCUAAGUAAGAUGGAGAUCCUGGAUUCCACCUCCAAGGAUCGCGGAGAGGGUAAAGGUAGCUGCUUCAGGUACAGAGCUGCGCCCGCGCCUGGCCGUGGUACAGCAACAUGCCCGGUCACUCCAACUUCUAGGCAGACCCCAGGCCACUGGUGCAGCCCCUCCUCGCUUCAGGGCUCAGCCCCUCCCCGCCACCCACUGCCCCACCAUGGCCGGGGACCGGCUCCCGAGGAAGGUGAUGGACGCCAAGAAGCUGGCCAGCCUGCUGCGGGGUGGGCCAGGGGGGCCGCUGGUCAUCGACAGCCGCUCCUUCGUGGAGUACAACAGCUGGCACGUGCUCAGCUCCGUCAACAUCUGCUGCUCCAAGCUGCUGAAGCGCCGGCUACAGCAGGGGAAGGUGACCAUCGCUGAGCUCAUCCAGCCGGCCGCCCACAGCCAGGUGGAGGCCAGGGAGCCGCAGGACGUGGUGGUCUACGACCAGAGCACACGGGACGCCAGCAUGCUGGCCGCAGACAGCUUCCUCUCCGUCCUGCUCAGCAAGCUGGACGGCUGCUUCGACAGCGUGGCCAUCCUCACGGGGGGCUUUGCCACCUUCUCCUCCUGCUUCCCUGGCCUCUGCGAGGGGAAGCCGGCCGCCCUGCUGCCCAUGAGCCUCUCCCAGCCCUGCCUGCCCGUGUCCAGUGUGGGCCUGACCCGCAUCCUGCCUCACCUCUACCUGGGCUCGCAGAAGGAUGUCCUGAACGAGGAUCUGAUGACCCAAAAUGGAAUAAGCUACGUCCUCAAUGCCAGCAACUCCUGCCCCAAGCCGGACUUCAUCUGCGAGAGCCGCUUCCUGCGCAUCCCCGUCAACGACAGCUACUGUGAAAAGCUGCUGCCCUGGCUGGACAAGUCCAUCGAGUUCAUCGAUAAAGCCAAGCUGUCCAGCUGCCAAGUCAUCGUCCACUGCCUGGCUGGCAUCUCCCGCUCCGCGACCAUCGCCAUCGCUUACAUCAUGAAGACCAUGGGCAUGUCCUCUGACGAUGCCUACAGGUUCGUGAAGGACCGGCGCCCGUCCAUCUCGCCCAACUUCAACUUCCUGGGCCAGCUGCUGGAGUACGAGCGCAGCCUGAAGCUGAUAGCGGCCCUGCAGGGCGACGGGGCGUCCCAGCCGGGGACCCCGGAGCCCCUGCCCGGCCCUGCGGCCCCGCUGCCGCCGCUGCCAUCACCUACCUCAGAGAGCGCCGCCACCGGGAGCGCGGCGGCCACCGCCAGGGAGGGGUCGGCGCGCACGGGCGGGGAGCCCCCGGCGCCGGCCACCAGCGCCCUGCAGCAGGGCCUGCGCGGCCUGCACCUGUCCUCCGACCGCCUGCAGGACACCAACCGCCUCAAGCGCUCCUUCUCGCUGGACAUCAAGUCGGCCUACGCCCCGAGCCGGCGGCCCGAGGGUCCCGGGCCCCCCGACCCCGGCGAGGCCCCCAAGCUCUGCAAGCUGGACAGCCCUUCGGGGGGCGCGCUGAGCCUGCCCUCCCCGGGCCUCGACAGCCCGGACGCGGCGCCCGAGGCGCGCCCGCGGCCCCGCCGGCGUCCCCGGCCCCCCGCCGGCUCCCCGGCGCGCUCCCCCGCUCACGGCCUCGGCCUGAACUUCGGCGACGCGGCCCGGCAGACUCCACGGCACGGCCUCUCGGCCCUGUCGGCGCCCGGGCUGCCCGGGCCAGGCCAGCCGACCGGCCCCGGGGGCUGGGCGCCGCCGCUGGACUCCCCCGGCACGCCGUCGCCCGACGCGCCCUGGUGCUUCAGCCCCGAGGGCGCGGGCGGCGUGGGCAGCGGCGCGCUGUUCGCGCCCUUCGGCCGGCCGGGCGUGCAGACCGCGGGCGGCGGCGACCUACGGCGGCGGGAGGCGGCGCGGGCCGAGCCCCGGGACGCGCGGACCGGCUGGCCCGAGGAGCCGGCCCCGGAGACGCAAUUCAAGCGCCGCAGCUGCCAGAUGGAGUUCGAGGAGGGCAUGGUGGAGGGGCGCGCGCGCGGCGAGGAGCUGGCCGCCCUGGGUAAGCAGGCCAGCUUCUCGGGUAGCGUGGAAGUCAUCGAGGUGUCCUGACGCGCGGGCUCGCCGACCUCGGGCCCCUAUAGAUGUAUGUUAUAGAGAGUACAAAGAAAGGUAAACGGUUUUACUGCGAUUUUUACCCAGAAGUAAAUACGUCGAUUUUUUAAUUUAUUUAAGCUGUUCAUUCUGGCAAUGAGUUGGCAACAAGGCAGGGCGGUCCUUUGCGCUCUAUUUUUACUGUCUGGUAUUUAAACUGAAACGUACGUUUCUAAGCAAUAUGAGGCCACCUUCGGCCGCAAGCUGGGUGCCAGGCCUGGGGCUCCCUCCCGCCCUCCGCCCCCACAGGAAACCCGGCUGACCGGCUGAACCGUUGCAAAGAGGGCUGCAGAGCUUUCGUGCACUUUUUACAUAAGAAAAAGGGGGAAAAAAAGAAAAAAAAAAAAAACUUCUUUGCCACAAACUGAGCCGCAGACCCUCUCCACCCUCCCCCACCCCA